UUAACAGUUAAUCAUGACAAGCAAUUAACUAAUAGUCACUGAUAGAAACCAGAAAACAACAGUUGAAUCAAAAUUUGAAACAGUAAAUUGUAUCAUAAUAUGAUUUGUUUAAUUCAGUUAAGUUGAUGAACCUAAAAAAAUUUGGUAUCUUUUUUUAUCUGGUUUCCAAUCAACACAACAAUUAACUAAUUGUUUCCAAUGGAUUAUCAUUUUUUGUGCUCGGUUUUUUUAAUUGCUCUGAUAUCAAAUUCCAAUGGACAACAAUUCACUGGUGAUUGUCAGAUCCUUUACCAAUGUCAAUCAGAAACAAUUAAGUUGAUCAACUCUAAUCAAAAUACUGGUUAUCAUGGAUUAGGAUUAUCUUGGUCUUCAUCGACUUGUGGAGUGAUUCGGCAAAAAUUGGCCUGUAUCAUUAAUUUAGCUUCGACAUGUUCACAGAGAGAUGAUUUAACAACGCAAUCAACUUGGUCUAUUAUUGAUUCAACCAGAAAUUAUCUAAUUGAUAAAUGCAGUUCCAAUAAAGAUUGGAGCGAUUCGAGUUGUUUCAAAAGCAAAGAAAUCACCAAUUGCUUGGCUAAUUAUCCGUUCAAAUCAAAUGACCUUAGUCCUGAAUCUUGUAGUAAAUAUCGUAACUUUAAAUCGUGUAUUGGUAACUAUGUUGACUCGAAGUGUUCGUAUCAGGAUAAAGAGUAUGUUCUGAUUUAUUUGAUUGGAAAAGGUUCCAACCUCACAUGGAUCUGCAGUAAUGAGACUAACAUUGAAUUAGAAAACGAUGGUAAAAUUCUGAAAAAUCCGUUCGGUAAUCAUAUUGGUAAACGAGGAAGUCCAAAUUAUAAUUUUCUACCUCAAAAUGAUGCUGAUCGUUUCCAAUCACCUCAAUCAGGAGAUAAUGAACUGAACAACAGGGUUAAUGGUCUUUGGUUUCCAACCAAUAGAUUUCCGGUUGAUUUUAAUAACUUAAAUUCUCACCCUGGUCAACAUAUUCCUAUGAAUUCUGGUCCAAAAGACUCAGCUAAUAAUAUGCCAAUGAUGGGAGACAAUUUCUAUCAACCUGUUAAUCCAUUGCAAUCUCCAAAUGGUAACCCGAAUUCGAGGCCUAAUCCUGAUCGUUUCUUUGGUCGAGCUCCGUUGAAUCAAUUACAAAAUGAAAUGUACUUCGGUGGUGGUGUUGGUCCAUCGCCACCAUUGCCAGUCAAUUCUGAUCCACAAAUCAGUCCAAUGGGUAUGAAUAAACUGUCACCGAAUAAUCAACAACCAGGAUUACCGGGAAUCGGUGUUAGCAUAAGUCGAGUCGAUUCUUGUCUUCAAAGAGCAAAUUUAGUUGGUCGUCACUGCGAAGAGGCCUUGAAUGACCGAAGAGAUCUGGCAAGAGAAUCGAGAAAUCCAAGAGAUCUUAAAUCAAAUCUAUGCUGUGGUCUUCUCAGAUACAGUGACUGUUUUGGUAAAAUAGUGAACCAAGUUUGUCCCAAUACCGACACUAAUUCAGUAUUCAGAUCAAUUCCAGAAUCAAGAAGAGCAGAUAUGAACUCAUGUCAAUCAUAUGGACCAUUUAAUUGUAAUUAUCUGGCUAAUGGUAAUUCACCAAAACCAAAUUUAACUAAAUCACUUUCCAGCCUUUUAACCCUUAUUUUCAUUCUCAAUAUAAUCAAUUGAAAUACUUAUGAUUUUUAAUUGUAAACAAUUCGAUAAUCUUUUUUUUAAUUUUCUAUCAGUAAAAAUUAAAUAGAUUCAACUUUGCAAUCAAUGAAACAAUUUAUAAAUCAUUGAUCAAAUUUAACACUCAUGAAAACUGCUGCCAUCUCUUGGAUCAGAUUAACAUUAAUAAUUGUGGUGUUUAAAUUGAUUAGUUUUUGUUGGACAAUAAUUAGCAAAACAAAU